GGUCCGGUGGAGACAAGCACUUCCGUUUGCCCUCUCUCAGCUCACUCAUGUCUGGGGGACUAGAAGCCCGCUUCUCCGGGGAUGACGUGUUUGUGAGCCGCUUCCCAGUGCACCGCGCCUGCCGGGAUGGAGAUGUUGGGGCUCUGGUCCUUCUGUUACAGCAGCUGUCAAACCACAUCCAUCUAACUGCCGAGGACUCCUUCUAUGGAUGGACUCCCAUUCACUGGGCUGCUCACUAUGGACAGCUGGAGUGCGUGAUGCACCUGGUGGAGAUGGGCUGCGAGGUGAACAGGGUGACCAGUCGAUUCAAUCAGACUCCAACACACACUGCAGCAUUCGGAGGACAUCCUCACUGUGUGGUGUGGCUCACUCAGGCUGGGGCUGACGUCAACAAGCAGGACUUUGUUGGUGAGGCUCCCAUUCAUAAGGCAGCUCGGUCAGGUAGCUUGGAGUGUAUCCAGGUCCUUUUGAUAGCAGGCGCUAAACCGCAUUUAAAGAAUGCAAGUGGGCAGACGGCAGCAGACCUGGCCCACGCUCAAGGCUUCCACGACUGUUUCUGCUUCAUCUCCAACGCCCAGAAGCACCUGCACCAGCGUAGCGUGCCCGAGGGGAACGUAGUGCAGAAUGGAGGUGGUGCCCACUGCGGUCUGGGCGCGCUCAGCAGAAAGAGGCAGCUAGCCGCUCUGGACGCGGGCAACCUGAAAAAAGCCAAAAGGGGUGAUGGUAUGCUGGUGCAGAGCAGCGCGCUCGAGGAGCUGGAAGCCAUGAGCCCGGAGCUCAGCACAGCAGAUUUCAACAACGGGCAUCUCCACGCGGCGCCUCCUCCUCCUCCUCCACUCUCUCCAAACUCUCGCUCUCCGCCACAUUGUCGGCGGGUUUCAGCUGAGAUGUGCGGCUCCCUGCACCUGAGCAGCAGCCCGGGUGGGUGCGUCUCCAACUGGCCUGCGUGCCUGGGGCCAACAGGGGUGGACUGUGGGGAUUUCUUGCAUUAUGGACACUACCAUGGCUUUGGCGACACGGCCGAGGAGCUGAGUGACAGCAGCUGCAUCCAGGCGGAGCAUCCAUCCAAGCAGGCUGUGGAUGGCACCAUCCACCUAUACCACGGCUCAUAAACCCAGAGGGUUAGAGCAGACAGAUGUGCUUCCACUAAGCUUUAAAGGAUUACUUGGACGAUGAGAAGUAACCCUUCUGUGCCUACAGCCCACACCCAGGACAUGUUAGGCUCAGACUGACUCAGAGCGCUGUCCUGUGGCUCAUUCAGCAGGUGAAGCUGGGUUGUGAAAAAGCUGCUUCCAAAAAUAAUCUUCAGGGAUGGAUUUCUGUGACAUCACACUGUAGGGCAACACUAUACUCAUAACUAGAGUUAACUUUGUUCUCUUCUUGGUAUAAUCAGCCAGCAUCUCUGCAGUCCUGUCCUCACAGUGGCCUUUCAACCAUGUACAGCUGGUGGGAAUAUUUCACUUGUCUUUGUGCUAAGCGAGGUUAAAAAUGGUUCAGACCAUUAGUAGUAGGGUAGUACGGUGCUGUUUUCUUAGCAGAUGGCUGUGUGGGUGUGGAACUCGUCCCGGUCUGCUGGGACCUUCAUUAACUGUGGUGUUUACGGCUCUGGGCUCAGCUCCUGACCUCCUGCUCACCAUGUAGCCUCGGGAGUGUUGCUGCUUUGCUGUGCUGCAGAGAGCUGCACGGUUGUGUGUGUGUCAUUGAACUGCACCGAGGCUGAAAACUGUUUUAGAGAUCUCACUGUAAUUUCAUGAGGCUUAAACCAUUUCUUGUGUUUUGUACGAUGGUUGUAGACGGGCCGUCUGUUUUUCUGAACAUGGUGUGUCACACACGACCUUACACUGACCUGCGUUUGUACUCAAUAAAACCUGUUUUACACACAUUCUCAUAAAACAUAGUAUUUGUGGUUGUCUUGAAUUUUAAUCAUACUUUUCAAAUACAUUAAAGUACAGUUUAAACAUGUUUGACAUCACAUUUAAACACACCAAAGAGGCCAGGCUGUUUACUACAAGAAGGUGACAUCAGGCUGCCUGACGAGAAACCUAAAGACUGCCUGAACUCAGGGAUGACAUCACUGAGGUAGAAUCGGGUAGAGCUUCGCUGUGAUACCAGGCCUGUGCUCCACGUUUGUCGACGACACCGUGCACUCAAACCAUUGUGGCUGCUGGAUUUAUUUUGCCCCUGUCUGUACAUUUAUAUUAACCCCAGAGAUAAUGCACCACUUCCACAGCCUCUGAGAUCAUCUCAGUACUUUCCCUUCAGUCCAUUUUUUUCUCCUCAGACUGCCUUUGGGUUCAUGCUGAUCAUUUUCUGCUUUCUUGUGCAAAUUCACUAACCUGAGGAGUUUGACUAUCCAAGCCCGCCAGAAUAAAGGAUCAUUUUUGGUGUACUUUCAGUGAUUUGGACAUAACUCUUCACGCAGCACUGUCUGACUUGUUAGAGAGAAAGUUGUAAAUCUCCACGAGCAG